AUGCGGUUCUCAGUUAUUGUUCUGUUAUUUCUUAUUUUAUUCAGUAUAGUGGAUUCUGAAAAAAAUUUAUUAGCGCCUCAAUGUGCAGAAUGUAUCAAAUUGACGAAAUCUAUAGGUGUGCUCCUUGAAGAUGAGAAGAAUGAAGACAAAUGUACAAGUUUCAUGAAUAUGGUCCUGAAAAUGAUAAAAAUUGCCGGAGAGGAGCUUUUUCUCAGUCUAUCAGAUCCAAAAGCUCAAUUAUUGUGCACUAAUUUUUUCCCAGUAUGUCAACAACAGUCGAACCUUGGACAAAAAAUAGAGAUUGGUUAUUUUAAAUGUUCUAAUUGUAAACUGCUUUUAAGCAUCAUUUACGAAUUACUACAUGAACCGCUGAAAUUUUUUUCCGAAACAGCGCCAGAUUUCUUCUGCCCUGGUCAAAGGGAAAGUUGUACAAAAAAGUUCAACUCCAAUAUUUCCAUAAUAAAUGGUUUUGAAGAUUUUUUCGCAAAGAAGGUAAAUUCAGAUGAGUUUUGCGAAACAGUGAUUGGCUGCCUAGAAUAA